AGGGCUGUUUCUCAAUAUGCGUUCUUCUCUGUACUUGCGUUCUGGUGGACUUGUGAAACGUCAUCAGUCACAGCCCAAGUACUGUUCCAAUACACAAGUUCGCAUUUCGGCAAGAACGUUACAAAUCCCGGAAGUGUUCUCGACACGCCCAUUUCACCGAGGAUGCAUCGGAUGGUAACUUGUGUGGACUUGGGACAGCAACGUAUCCCAGAAUGCAUUUCACUGCAACCAGCGGGAGCAAUGGCGGAGGAGAAAACCCACAACUGGACGUCUGAGGAAACCAGAGCCCUCAUUGAGUGGAGGGCCGCCAACGAGAGCCAUUUCACGGGGAGAAGAAACUCGGCCAGAAGUGGAUGGGAGGACUUUAUCACCACUUCUGGCCUUGCCUUAACAUCCAAACAGGCAAAAAAAAAGUGGAACAAUUUAAAAGAUAAAUACAAGGAGCUUAGGGACCCACCCACGGGCAAAGGGGUAGAGGCUGGUAGUGUGACGGCUGCGACCUGGCAGUGGUAUGGUGCUAUGGAUGCAGCACUCCAGGGGCAGCACUCAGUCAAUCCCCCCCUGGUUGUUGCAUCCAACCUCACUGCCACUACAGGUGGCACAGUCAGCACACCAGCCUCUGCCCCAUCUGCAGCAGAGGCCAGUGUUAGCCAGCCACCAAGGAAGAGGACCAGGGACCGGGAGGAUCUUCUGGCUUUUAUGAAGGAGCAGGCAGAGAGGGAUGAGCAGAGGGAGAGAGAGGCGUUGGCCAGAGAAGAGGAGAGACAGAGGGCAGCAAAUGAGCAGGCAGAGAGAUACCUGGCCCUAUUUGAAAAACUUCUAAAUGUAGUGCAAGACCCAUGUUGCAGCAAACAGCAUCUUUAUGCUGCAACAUGACCAGUAUUUCCAGUGAACAUGACCACAUCUGGAGAAGUUUAGAUGUAGUCAUGUUCACCCAGAAAUACUGGCAGUGCCUCUGGAGCAGAAAUUUGAGCGGCAAGCCUUCCGCGAACAACGUUCCCUGACAGCGCCCUCUCUUCAGUGUCAGCAUUGUCUGCAUCAUCCUCACUGUCAUCGGGGACCGGGACUUCCUCUUCCUCCUCCUCUUCAUCCAGAUCCAGGAUAUCACCUGCUGCCACACAUAUAUUGUGCAGAAUGCAGCAGGCAGCAACAACCUUUGGUACGAACAAAGGUCGGAUCUCUAGGGCCCUCAGGAAGAUGGAGCGCCAGCGCGUCUUCAGGAUGCCAAAGGUGCGCUCUAUAAUGCUCCUCGCUCUGGCAUGAUGCCUGUUGAACCGGGCUUCAACUUGGCCUGUAAGUCAAAAUUCACAGAGAAAAUAUGUUGAGUUUUAAAGUCUUUCAACUAACAAUUUGCUCUCUCUCUCUCUCUCUCUCUCUCUCUCUCUCUCCUUACAAUGCUGUGUGUGUGAGUGAGUGAGUGAGUGUGAGAGAGAGAGAGAGAGCUUACUUGCUAUAGGCUGGCGGAAUGGAGUCAUAAUAGCAACAGGAUGGUGCAGGCAUGGAUAUCCUCCAUCUCCAAGGAGAAAGUACCCAUCUGGAGGAUACAGGGCCUGGCGGUACAUUGGUGAUCUCCGAAGAACAAGUGCAUCGUGCACUGAUCCUGGAUUGCCAAUGUAGACAUCCACAAAUGCGCCCUUUGCGUUGCAGAUGCCUUGCAAAAGAAUGGAAGGGAACAGUUUUCUGUUGUAAUAAUAUUUUUUCUGUGGCUCUGCAGGAGGAACAAUUCGGAUGUGACACCCGUCGAUGGCACCAGCCGCAUGCCGGAAUGCCUCAUGGCCAGCAAGGCAGACAAAGCCAGCCCCCACCUCCUCCAUUUCCUCUGGCUUUGGGAAAUGAAUGACUCGAUGGAGUAUCGUCAUCAAUGCCUCCACCAGGUUAUGAACAAUCCUGCAGACUGUGGCCAAGGGCAUUGAAAAGACGUCAGCAGUGACCCUGUAAGAGGCUCCACAGGCAAGCCAGUAGAGAGUCACCAGCACCUCUAUGUCACGUCCCCAGCCGUGAGUUUUUUCACCUGGCAGCAUCUGCAUCAGCAGCUUGAAGCUGUCCCUGGACAGCCUGAAGGCUGGCUUCAAGUCAGCUCCAGAGAAGAAGCUGGCAAGGAUGGGCACAUGGGCAUUGACCAUUGCAUAUGUUUGCAAGGGACUUUGGUCCUGUUUAUGAAAACAAAAGAAAAAUAUUUUUAGAUGUAUUUAUUUAUUUAUUAGCAUUGAUUUUAAUAGUUAUUAUGCAUGGUAUUUAUUACUUGUGUGUUUUUACCACUAAAUAUUUAUUGAACUGUAUGUUAAUUGAUAUUUUGUUUGAAUUUUUUAAUCCUUCCAAAAUUAAAUUCCCCUUUAACACCUGA